AUGGCAAAGAAAACUAAAGAUACGGCGACUGCUGCUGCUACUACUACUAAAAAAGAAGCCAAAGCAAAAGUUCCAGCAGAUCCUGUUGCUAUUAAGAAUCUUAUACGUUUAUUAAAUAUUCUUGCAUUACUAUUGGCAAUAACUGCUUUUGUUCUUCAAUUUUUUGCGGUUAUCAGUCAUAAUUGGAAAUGGCAAACAACCAAUCUUCAGCCAAUAUUUACUGCUAAGGAUCGUCCUGCAUCAGUAAAUGUUUAUGAUGAUAGUCGCAUUGAACAACGUUACGGUUUAUUCUCACGUCAUAUUAAAGUCUUUGCUCAUAAUGAUGAGCAACUUGAUGCAUUGGCAAGUACACGUUUUCCAAGAUUAGAUAGUGGUGAUGAAGAGUUACAUAAAUGUUUAUCACAAACAUCUACUCUUCGAGGUUCAUUACUUACAUGUUCGGAUCGUAUUAACUCACCAGGACAAUGUCAUUGUCGACGAUAUCCACAUUGGAAUGCAAUUAUUUUCUUUGAAAUUACUGCAUUAAUCUUACUUGGUCUUGUUGUCCUGGUUAGUGCUCUACUUUCAACACAAUAUCAUGGUUUACUCAAACCAAUUGGCAUUCUAUUAUCAUUUAUUGCAUUUCUAUUUCUCUUACUUGGCCUUAUUUUACUUCUCAGCUAUAUCAAACGUGAAACACGUACAAUUUCCGACACCUAUCCUCAUACACAUGCCCGACUUGCUAACCAAGUUGCUCAACAUUUUCGUGCUCUAUCUCAUAAAAUUGUUCGUCGUCAAGCUCAUGAAACCUAUCGAGCCUAUUCAUUAACACCUGGUCAACAUCCAUAUAAUCAAACACAUUUUCAACAAUAUUCAGAACAAGCAGGUGCAUGGGUUCAAUUGCCCUAUUCAAGUUUGAACGUUGUGGCUUAUGAACCACGUUCACCACAAGCCACUACAAAAAUUACAACAACAGCAGCUCCUUUAUACAAUGCGUAUGGCCCAUUGGUAGGUUUUAAUGAAGUUUUUGAAAAUACACGUGCCUGCAUCGGUUGGUCAACUGUCCUAUCAAUUCUUGCUUUGAUACUUGCAUUGGUUGUAGCAGGAAUUCUUGCAUUUUCAUUUCUUUCGGCCAAAAAAUUAGGACCAGAAGUAAAAACAAUAACAACAACAACAGUUAAAACUGAAUAUGUACCAGUACCACAAGAGGUUAAUGUUGAAACAGUGCCCUUAACACGAGGAAUUGUCAUUGAUGAAACCCGACCAACGCAAGUUGUUCUACACGAUGAUCAAGCAAUAACAACACAAACAUAUCAUGCAUAA